UAAUUGCUUCAAGACAUAUAACUUUGCUGCAAAAGCCCUCCCAAAAACUAGAUCAAUCUCUACAAAUAUUCUGUCUUCUUUGUCUUGAUCGACAUCUACCACGAUUUUGAGCUUUAACUGACUCAGCCCUCCCUCAGAACUCAUGGCGAUGCAUCAUACUUCUAUUGGUAUGGAAUUCCAUGAUUGCACGAAAUGCAAGAAAUUAUGCAAGAAAUGCAUCUUCAUAGUUCCUAAGGUGCUCCGGAGACAAAACUCUGAAGCAUAUACGCCUGACAUAGUCUCAAUUGGACCUUUCCAUCGUCGAGGAAAGGGAAGCAAGGGAGUCAGAGAAUGCGAGGAAUGCAAGGAAUGCAAAUUAUGCGAAAAAAGGCAAGAAAGUCAAGGAAGGCAAUGAAGAAGAAUUUUAACUCAUGGAACGAGUGAAAGAGAGCUAUUUAAAUGAUGUGCUUGAAGGCAUGAUGAUUCCAACCGAAACGUUGAUGGCAAAGGUUAUUGAUCUUUCAGAUCAAAAGAAUGAAGGCACUAUUGGGUUUGAGCAACGUGCCCGUGGCUUCUAUGCAGAGCCACUACUUGAUAUUCCCUCAGAAGAAUUCAUCAAGAUGAUGAUAGUUGACGGUUGCUUCCUCGUUCAACUAUUUCGGAAGUGUAAUGAUCCGACACUCAGGGAUAUCGAAGAUCCGGUAUUCAACAUGGAUUGCAUGUUCCAUUUCCUAUGUCAUGACCUUUUGCUCCUAGAAAAUCAACUACCUUGGUUUGUUCUUGAGAGUUUAUACAGCCUUAUCCUUGGAAAUGGCUGCAGUCAUCAACCCUCCCUCGCUUUUGUCAUCCUCGAAGCCUUCAUCACAUUACCAUCACUAAAGCGUAGUUGCAAUUCCUAUAAACAACAUCUUAGUUCAUGUCACGGUAACAAUGUUGAUGAUGUUUUGCACAUACUUGAUCUGGUAAGAUCUUCGAUUGUUAUUCCAUCAAAGGUCAAAGCCCGGAAAGAAAACAAAGUUCACGAGGCUAUGUUUGACCCAGAGAUACAUGAAAUGCAUACGGUGACGGCUCUCUCAAAGGCCGGGAUCAAAUUCAAAGGUGUCAAAAGUGAAAGCAUGAUGGACAUACAAUUCAAAAACGGAGUUUUUACUUUUCCACAGCUAUACAUUGGUACGCUGGCCGACUCAUUGUUCAGGAACCUCAUUGCUUUUGAGCAGUGCUACAAUGGUUAUUCAAACGAAAUUACAUCUUAUGCCAUUUUAAUGGAUAACCUUAUCUCUUCCAAGGAAGACAUGGAAUUACUUUGCAAGGCAAAAGUAAUAGGUAACUGGCUAAGCGAGGAAGAUGGUUGCAAGUUCUUCAACAACCUUUACAAGGGCAUCCCGCACAACAAGUUCUACUAUGUCCAUCUCUGCAAGCAAGUCAACGAGCAUUACAGAAUCAGAUGGCAUAAAUAUCUGGCUUCGUUGAAGAUUGAAAAGUUCUCUAACCCCUGGAAAAUUAUUGCUUUCUUCGUAGCUAUUGUCCUUCUGGGUCUUAGCAUAUGGACCUCCACGAAUAACAUUCGGACCUUCAUGCAGAAAUGAGACUGUCUAGAGUUCCACAUCUAUUGAAGAUCGAUAUAAUCUCCAAUGGUUUCUCCUCGUCACUGUCGUUUUAUUUAAU